AUGUUUGUUCUGACCAGCAACAUGCUCCAGUCUGGGUUCCGACAAUUUCGACGACAGAUGCAUUGCCGUGCCAUGUACGACAUAUUUGAUUGGACGGGUAUCCUUGCAGAUGUAAUGCUGGGCGCGAUGAUCGCAAUGACGAUGACACAUGUUUCAGGAGAGGGAUUCGUUCUCUUCGGCACCUUUCAGUGCAUGAUGGGCUAUGCGGGAAAUGCGUAUCUUUUGAUUUCCAUGACUUGGAUACUUGGCACUGUAUGGGAGGUCCUUGUACUGUGUCUCGCAGUCUGGAUUGCUAUGAAGCACUUCCGUGAACUGCGACAAACCUCAACGGGGGGGAUUCUUAGGGAUUUUCUCAGGGUGUUAGUGAAAACUCACGCGAGUUACUUUGCGAGUUCUACAUGUGCAAGCUUCCUUGUAGUUUCUUGUUUUGAAAUGAGUUAUUUGUCCCCAACGAUCUCAACGGACUUGCCUUACCUGGAAACCCAGAUUUAUUCUGGCUUCAUUCAAAUCUUCCAAAUCUUGCAGAUGUUCGUGCUGGGACCACGCCUCAUCCUUAGCUUGCGAGAAUAUCACGCUAAGCUCGUGGCCGACUCCGAUACAGCAACCGUUAUGACUUCAAUUGCUUUCCAGGAGCGCGUCCGUGUGGAAACUAGCAGUAGCGUAUAG